CUUCCCGAGAAGAAAAAGGCUGAAGAUAGUUCGGUUGUGCCACAGAAAGGGAGACGUGAACAGAGCAACUUUACUGCUUUCCUACAGUUAAGGGCAACGUGCCUUCUCCCUUGGCAACUGCGCAUGCUCCGACAGAGAGGGCAACCGCAAACUAGGGGGAGCCAACUCUGAAAAGAGGCUGGUUACCCUGAGCCCGUCUUUCUCCCGACCGGUCCAUUUUAUGUUCCCCCCUCCUCCGCCUUCGCUCCCCGCCCCCUCUUUCGAAUCCUUGAACUUUUCAGUCCUGUUCUGCAGACGGGCAGCUAGACGCUUCCUACCUGUGCCCUGAACUACCAUGAUAUCAUGGCAAGAUUUCGCAGGAGAACAUGCAUCAUUUUGCUGCUUUUUAUUUUAUUUAUUUGCUCUAUAAUGAUGGCACUGAAAACUCUGAGGCCAGAAAGUGCUGGGUUUGGCGAUCCCUUUGGCCUUGGCCUGUUCCCAGAUUUUCAGCGACAGACAACACAUUUAAAAAAGAAGUUCAAUCUGCAUAAUGGAGCAAAAGAAGAUAGCUUCACACGAACCAAAAGUGUUCACCCUCUGCCGAUGAAUCUCAAAAUGCCUACAAUUUCUGUAAGAAAAAUGGAAGACCUACCUCCUCCAAAUUAUAACUUUCAUGUAUUUUACUAUAGCUGGUAUGGAACUCCACAGUUUGAUGGAAAAUAUAUUCACUGGAACCAUCCAUUACUGACACACUGGGAUCCUAAAAUUGCAAGUGGUUAUCCAAAAGGCAAACACAAUCCUCCAGAAGAUAUUGGAUCAAGCUUCUACCCAGAACUUGGACCAUAUAGCUCUAAAGACUCCUCUGUCAUAGAAGCUCACAUGAAGCAAAUCAGAUCAGCUUCCAUUGGGGUAUUGGCGCUUUCCUGGUACCCACCUGCUAUGGCUGAUGAAAAUGGAGAACCCACUGAUGGCCUUGUACCUACAAUUUUGGAUAUUGCUCAUAAGUAUAAAUUAAAGGUCACUUUCCAUAUUGAGCCAUAUAAAGACAGAGAUGAUCGGAGCAUGUACAACAAUGUCAAGUACAUUAUAGACAAAUAUGGAGGCCAUCCAGCUUUUUACAGACAUAAAGUCAGCACAGGUAGAACCCUUCCCAUGUUCUAUGUUUAUGAUUCUUACAUAACAAUCCCAGAAAUGUGGGCAAAUCUGCUCACUGUGUCAGGAUCUCAAAGUAUACGUAAUACACCCUAUGAUAGCUUGUUCAUUGCCCUUCUGGUAGAAGAAAAACAUAAACAUGAAAUUCAUCGAAGUGGCUUUGAUGGAAUUUACACGUAUUUUGCCACAAAUGGCUUCUCUUAUGGCUCAAGCCAUCAUAAUUGGCCAAGUUUGAAAGCUUUCUGUGACAUAAAAAACCUAAUGUUUAUUCCAAGUGUGGGCCCAGGCUACAUAGAUACCAGCAUCCGACCAUGGAACAAUCACAACACACGCAAUCGUGUCAACGGGAAAUACUAUGAGACUGCAUUCAGUGCUGCACUUCUGGUACGACCUGAAAUCAUUUCCAUCACCUCUUUCAAUGAAUGGCACGAAGGGACUCAGAUUGAAAAAGCUAUUCCUAAAAAGACUGGUGCGACAACUUAUCUGGAUUAUCAGCCACAUAAACCAAAUAUUUAUCUCGAGCUCACUCACAAGUGGUCUGAAAAAUACAGCAAAGAAAAAGAACAGUGGCUUACAUGAGUUGCUAUUGUGGUUGGGAAUUCUACAAUGAACCUGUCCCUGAUAGAUUGAGAACAUGUUAAGUUGUGAGGAAAUGGUCUGUGCUCUUGCUGCAGCUUUGUUAUAGAAUGUUUUCACUUUAAGGAACAGAGGUAACAACAAGCAAUACUAUCCCUUCAGUUGUGUUAUUAUAUGAAGACUAUGUUGACCAUGCUUAAUAUUGUAUAUAUUACAAGUACUGUUUCCAGAGUAUUUGAGUGGUUGUCCAAGUAGAAUGCUAUUCAGAGCUAAUUUCAAAUCUGGCUGCAAUCAAAAUAGUUACAUAAGAUACCUGCAUGCAGCUGAUCUUUUUUUCCAUUUUUAGGGGGGAAAAAACCUGUCUCAAAGCAAAGCAAGAUUAGAACCAAUUUCAGAUAUAAUUUGAAAAGCUGUAGUUGAGAAAUGAAAUCAAGCAAAGAUGGUGCUCAUAUCCAGUACUUCCUCAGCAAAUCUCUUGGAUUAGAAGCUUGGAACAAUUGUGUACAAAGAUACUUAUCCAAGUUUGUUGAAGAUUAAUGUGUAAAUGAUGCAUGACACUGUAAAGGGAGGAAUUCACUAGGAACUUUUCAGUUCAAGAACCACUUAAAAUUAAUUAGUGCUAUGUAAGAGCACAGUGUUAGGGUCCUGUACAGUUCUUAGUAAUCUCCAUGUGAAUAGCUGGAAUUGGUGAUAAAUGGCCUGUUGUUAUAUUUAGUGUGCUUUUCAGAACAUUAAAAAAAACGUUUAUUUGCAUUUAUUUUAUUAAAAUUAGGGAGGGAUGUGAAAUUGUCAUAAUAUUCCUAGGCAGUAAUUGUUUCAGUUCAGUUUUUUCUAAAAAGUGGUAAAUUGCGACCCACCUUUUAUGUGAAUCACUGCAAGUAGAAUUAGGAAGCAACAUCAAACUCUCCCCUCCCCCCCAAAAAAAGAUGAGGGAAGGAUGGGUUAAAGCAAUAACUAAAAUUAAAACACUGGGAAAUUUAAAGUGUUAUUCACUUCAUUCAUAGGAUAGUCUGACCUGGAAAGAGGACUUUAAUGGGAAGAGCUGUCCUUAAUAGCUUAAAAGCCAUAAUAAGCUUAAAAGCCACCUUUAGUUAUAUCUCAACCAUUGGAAUGGUUUUCAAAGAGAAGACGUCUAGCAAAACAUUUUACUUCUCAGAACAGGCUCCAAAUAUGUUUUCAUGAAUAUUCAUUGUUAGCCUUUCGAGAAUGUUUUAGAAGCUAAAACAAGUUUGUUUAAAAUUAUUGGUCUUUUUCUAAAUCUUAAUUAAUAUCCAUUCCCAGAUUAAGAUGAAGAUACCAAAUUUGAUGGUGUGAAUGGAAGGAAGCUCUAAUAUUAAAAAAAAUCACUGAUACUGUUUGUUGUUACAGUCUUAUGAAAGUCACUUUUAUACUAGCUCUUUGUUCUGUUUCCUUUUUACAGAGAUGCAGUUUAAGGGUUCUUUGCAAGAAAGCACCCCGUUAUUACCGCUCAAAGUGGUUUACAUUAUUUAAAAAAAAUCAGAAAUAUAGAAACUAAUCGGUAACUUAAAACAUAUUUGCUCCAUUGAAAGUAAACUUUAUGUAAAAAGCAAAACUUCUUUUGUGGAGCCAUUUCAAAUACAAUAAUCUUCAUUUGCAAGCUAAGAUUCAAAGACUAUCCACAAGGACUCUUGUAAUGUGAAUGUUAUUCCAUAAUAGGCUAUAGGAUGUUGUGAUAUGGGGGAAAGAGUUGGGGCUUUUCUGUUUCCGCUAAUGAUGGGCAGACUCUUCAACUGGGCCUGAGAAAAUUGUUUUAUUCAUAAAAAAUAAUAUCUUGCUUUAUUUUGCAUCUUGCUCUAAACCCAAUUUGCAGUCUGUUCAGCAUCUAAGCAGGAUGGGCCCAGACAUUCUUCUGCUGCAGUGUUCUACUGCUGCUCCUUUUUCACUUGUGUGUUUUCCUGGCCACAAAAAUGUCUACUGCAAUGAAAGCUAUUUCUGCUGAGAAACAUUUUUUUUUUCCUAUAUGUCUGAGACCUUUGCAUAGAAAUGACUAGACCAAGCGACGUAGCCUUUAGUUUUAGAGGGAGAAGGAUGUAUGUGCCAUUAAGGCAUUUCUUGAAAUCCCAUCAUUAGUAUUGCCAUCUGUUGCCAAGUGGGCAAAAGAAGGGCAAAGGGAAGCCAUCUCCUCCAUUUCUUCCACUACUUCUCUCCUCUGCUUUUUAGCAAUUGGUAAAUGUUUGGGGAGUCGAGGCUGAUGAAAUUUAGGUUUUCUAGCCAUGCUAAUAAUUGAAGUAUAAUCACAUUCUAUGAUAACUUUUUCCCACAAAGGAUCCAGCGUUAGUCACUUAUCACAGGAAGUAAUACAAGGACUUUCUAAAAAGACAUGCGAUUUAAAGUAAUUAUCUGGGAUAAAAGACAUUGUUCAUUGCCAUUUUUGUAACUAUUUCUGCAAAAGUAAAUGGGUCAUUGCAUUCUAGUAUGUAUCUGUUUCGUAGCAGAUACUCAAUGCAGAGGCUCCAGUGGAUAUCCGUGCACUAAAGAACGGUAUAAAUAUAAAGUGAAAAGUAUUUAAAUGCAGCUCUCCAUUUAUCCAGUUUGCAAAGGUGUCUGAUGGGAUAGCAAGGCAAAUAGUGAGCUGAAUAUUAUCUUUCCUACCUAAUCAUAGAUUAUAGCUGAUGCAUACAGACUGUACUAUACACCUGUGGAUAAUAAUGCUAAGCUUUAAAUUUGUUAUACCACUCAACUUUCAUAGACACCAUGAAACAGCUUUAUUAAUGCUACUUUCUUGCCAGCAGGAAACUAAGUAGUUAUUAUUUAUUUAUUAUAUCACUUAUUAAUUACUGUGUACGUUUUAUGAAUUGUCCCUUUAAAGUAGGGGUGGGCAAUCUGCCGAUGGCAUGGAGCCUUGCGGCACAAGGAGCAUGCCAAGAUUGUACAGCUGAAGUUUAGUUGUCUUUGCGUGCCCCUUUGUUGCUUAGGGGCAGUUUUAAGGGUGGGAAUGCAAACACUUAGCUUCUGUGUGGCAGCAUGCUUACAUUUCUACCUUUUAAUCCCCUGAACAGUCCAGAGUGAAAAAUAUACUGAAAUAUUUCAUCCCCUUUCAGUGACAUCAGAACAUGUUUUGCAGCCUGCUGACUGAUCAAAACUUAUUACUGAGUAAGCAUGCUUGGAGUUGCAUUAUUGAUAUCUUCAGAUUUCUCAGAAAAUUUGACACCUUUAUUUAGAGCAUUUAUAGUAUUCUUAAAAUAACUAAUACUUCAAACAAGGCCAGAUGUCAUAUUGACAGAAUGAAGAAUCUGUCUCAAGAAACAUACUUUGGAUAUCAUGAAGGAGAACCAGAUUCUUAGUUACUUUAUUGGUCUACUUUUACUGCCAGGGAAAGGGAAAGGCCUUUGUCAGGGGGAGUUACCCUCCAUGUGAUUAUGCAUUUUUACUUGACUUGUCAUACUCAAUCCAUAGAUAAGAAUUUAGGAAUAAUCAAGCUCUGAAAACCAUGUAGCUAAUUCUAUAGGCACUUUGAAUAAUCAAAUCAGUAAGCUAAGAUUCUGUAUCAUUUACUUCUCACUUUCAUUUGUUCACUUGAAACUACUAUGAUCUGCCAUAGAUAUGUGGAUGGAAAGAGGAACCACAUAUGUAGUUGGAGCUUCUAGACACUCAAAUGGCCAGCCUGUUUUUCAGCAGAGUUGACAGCUGCAGCUGAGAUUUCAAACAAUCUGCCAGCUAAAUAAUAGGCCUUUCUCCAUCCCCUCUUCAUCAUAGAAUAUUGCUGGAUCCACUUCAUUGGAUAGCUAGAGUUGGAAGAGUUAUGCACAAUUGUUCUGUCAGCUAGAAUAAUGUAUAGCAGUGUUGUUCCUUUAGAUGUCUGAAAUCUUGAAGGAAAGCAGUUUUGCAAUAUUAUGGGGGAGGGAUUGUGCCAUAGUCUUCUAGUGUUAUUGUUGCUGCUUAUGUAUUGCAUUGACUGUUCAGAUCCAAUUUUAAUAAGAUUCCUUCAUUUAAUAAGACAAGUGGCUUCAUCCAUGUAUCCAUGGGUUUGGGUGCAUUUUGGGUAUUAUGCAUGCACAACAUGGCUUUUGCACAUGCAUAAAGUACAUUUCUUCAGUCUCAUUAGCAUGAUCUGGUUAUCUGCCAUUGUUUGACUGAAAAUGAACCCCACAAAUAACAAUAAAAAGUACACCAAUGUUCUAAGCACAAAGCAUACCCAUAAUUUGGAGAAUCGAAUCUAAAUCCAGUCUGAAUUCAGACCUUCUUCCUUUCACUUAAUGUGCAGUUUGGGCACAUAGAAUGUUUAAGCAGCAGGCCAGGAACAUCAGGUAGCAAAACAUAACACUGUCUUAUAGGGUUUGUAGAAUGUCAAGUGGGAACUAACACUUCAUACUGCCAUGAUAUAUUUGGUUCUGUAGGAUUCAUAGAACCUAUAAAAUUCAUGGUGAAAUGCCGCUUCACUGAAAAGACAUACUGAAUAUCUUAGUAAACAGAUGACCCCUUCAUUUUAUGAAAUGUUUACUAGUACUGUUAUUACAAUAAGUUUUUGAAAUCAUUUUAUUAUUUGGAUAAUAUUUUGAACUCAAGCUGGACUGUCGAAAGCUGUCUAAAGAUAUUUUAGUCCAUGGCUAAAAAUUUCAGUGAAGUAUGUGACUUGUUUUUCUCUUAUUUGUAUAAAAAAUGGGUAGAUAUAAUAGCUAAAGCAACUUGCUGUUUCUUCUUGGAGAAAUGAAAUAGAAGUCUGUGAAAACAGUUUGUAAAUAAAUGUACAUUUGGUUAAUCUUGCUCUUAACUAAGUGCGUUGAGAUUUUUGUAAUCUCAAAAAAUUUGCUAAAGCUAAUCAGGCAGCACAUAGUCCAUUCCUUUGAUUAAUUUAGGCAAUUUAUUCCCAUUCAAGAGAGCAAAAUUUAUAAGGAAGAAAUCAUUUUAUGACUACAAUUUGCUCCAAAGCCAAAUACUACAUGUUGAUGCACCCAGACAAUUUUUUUUCCCAACAUAUUCAGAAUGAAAAACAAAAUGAUAAAUCCAAUAGAGAAAAGGAAGCACAUAUCAUUGUUUACCAGGUUUAAAUGAACAAUGCGGUAUACAUAAUUUGUGAGGUUUGGUAUUUUUCUAUUUGCUUUGAUACUCAGUGAAAGUGCACUUCAGAACUAAGGUCCAUAUGAAUAUAUGGUUAAGGAGAAGGCUUUAAACAUUUUUCUUCAUAUGAUGAUGCAUCAAAAAUGUCAUUUUCAAGAAAACUACAAAAAGGUACCUGAUAAGGAUGGCAACCUCCAAAUGUUUAAUCUCUCACAAUGAUCUUGAGCAAAAGAUUAGUAGAUUUCUUUGAUAGAUUUCUUUCAAUAUUGUGCUCAUUCAUUCUUAUUCAGAAUCUAUAUACAAAUGUUAUUUUGCCCUUUUGUUCAUGUUAGACUUAAUCAGUUAGACUAUAACAAAAAUGGUCAGUUAGGCAUUGAUCUCUGGUUUCAGAAUUUUUCUUGUUACAUACCUAUCUUAUCUACAGUAGAAGACAAAUUACCAUUGGACAACUUGAAUAUACAUUUUCAUAUACUUCUCGAAGUUAAAACAUGUUUUUUGUAGAAUUGAUAGAUACUAAACCUCCAUGGGAUCAUUAAGUAGUUUGAAUUUUGUGAAAUAUUAUGUUAGAAGGCAAUAAAACUGGAUGACAUUGAUAAUUCCUUCUUUUAAUGGCAACAAAAACUGAUAUCUGUCAGCUGUGUUUCCUAUCUUGUCAGUUGGGCUGAAGUCUACCAUAUGCAAGAGUGUGCUGAAUAUCCCAGAUAAGAUGCAAAUUAUUUCAUGCUUAGCUGAUAAUUCUUUUUUAUGGCACUCUUUAUUACCAUUUAUUUACUUGUUUAUAUUUAUUGUUGUGAUUUGAGUCUGCAUCUAAAUCACUGAAUUGCAAAGCUGAUGACAAAAUUUCUAAGUCAGAGGAAGUCAAUAUGUUGAUUUGUAUGUUCAAAAAAUAUUCACUAUGAUGGUUGAAGAAGACAGCUAAUCAAGGUAUUGCUAGAUCAGUCAAAAAAUUACAAUUAGUUAUUUUAUUGGUGUUCUAGCUAAAGAUCCAAGGAAAACUUGGACAUUUAGUUUGAAUAGUUAGUGUGGUAAUACAUUCAGAUUUGGUUUAAAACCAGCAAUCUCCAGUGGUGAAAUUCAACCACAGAACUUUUGCAUGGAGCUGCUUAACAUGGGAUUUCUCUCUUGGAUACGCAAGUAAUUUGAAUCACUAUUAAUACUUUGAAUAAGUUAGCCUUUAAAAAAUAGCACUUUGUUUAAAAUAGGCUCUCCAGUAGAGCUCAUCUUUUCUCCAUUUUUACUAAAUAUUGACCCUGUGUGAUGCUAAUUAUUGCUUACUUUUUCUGGAAACUAAUAUGCUUAGUUACAUACCUUGGUACAUACAAUCCAAUGAAAUGCUCUAAUUCCCCUACCAUAAAAGCUAGAGAACAAUUGGGCUCUUGCUUCUGUUUGUAAUUGAUGUGGCAGGUUUAUAUUUUUCAUUUGGAUGCCCAUACCUGAAUAUUAAAAGCAUGAUAAGCAGCAGCACUGGGUUUUAAUCAUCUAUGUCAGGGUUUCUCAACCUUGGCAACUCUAAGCUGUGCAGACUUCAA